AUGUACUUUCCAUUUAGAAACAUCAUUUUUGUUAUAAUUGCAGUACAAUUUACUGCUGCCGUUAACAACAAUGUUUGUCCCACCAUCGACGACUAUGAGACCAUUGACACCAACCCCAAGUGCAACUACAAUCCUGAUAUUUCAGGAAAUAUUACAGAAAUGGUAACUAAUCAUGGUUUUAACAUAGAAAGCCACACGGUAACAACUUGGGAUGGUUACAUUUUAGAAAUAUUCCGUAUUCCUUCAUCUGUCAACGACACAUGUGACAAUUCAAAACCUAAACAACCCAUGCUUUUUGUCCAUGGUAUCAACAGAGAUGCCAGGUGUUGGCUACUCAUGGGCUCUCAGUCUCCUGCUCUUUAUUACGCCUCGAAAUGUUACGAUGUUUGGGUGGCGAACACCAGAGGUUCUAUUUAUAGCAAACAUCAAACCUACAGUAGUUACAGCAAGGAUUUCUGGGACUUCAGCUUCCACGAAACUGCCACCAUUGACAUUCCAGCUAUCGUAGACACCAUAGCCAAUGUUACUGAUCAAGCGGGUAAAAUCAUUUACGUCGGUCACUCUAUGGGUACGACCAUAUCUUACAUUUAUGGUUCUGUGAAUGCAACUCACUGCAAGAACAAUGUGAAAGCUAUAAUUUCGUUGGCACCAGUCGCAUAUCUCGAUAAAAUAAAAGUACCAUUUAUACGUCUCAUAGCAUUAAACGGCCACCUUAUUAUGGAUACUUUAUAUUUUGUGAAACUUUACUGGCUUCAGUUACAACCUAUUCUCAGUUUUUGUACAGGUUUCCCAUUUAUUAACGCUUGUGACUACUUCGCCCAAAUAAUUUUUGGCAAAUGCAAACCCAAUAUUUACCCACAAACCUUGCCAGUUUUGACGGCUAAUGGAAGUGCGCCAAUCUCUGUAAAAACAUUAAUGCACUAUUCGCAAAUCAUUACUCGUUUUGGACGUUUCGCUUGGUAUGAUUACGGCAUCGUGGAAAAUUUAUCUCGAUACAAAUCAAUUUUUCCACCGUUAUAUGAUGUGGGCAAGAUUGAAGUAAAUGUUGACUUAAUUUAUGCUAACGAUGAUUUAUUCGCUGUAAAGGAUGAUGUCAUGGUUUUGUAUAAUAAUCUACAAGACGAUCUAAAAUCAAUUGCUGAAGUUCCGAAGGAUUUGUCCCAAUAUAUGAACCACUUGGAUUUUUUGAUCAGUGCGAAUAUGAAUGAAAUUUAUGAUAUUAUUGACUCGAAGCUGAAAAAUUACACGAACUGAAUUUGAAUAAAUUAUUAAAAAAUA